AGUAGGUUUUUUCCUGUAGGUAAUUUUGAAGUCCUUAAGAUUAUUUUCUCUUACGUAGCCAAUGAUGCUAUGUUAUAAAGCUGAUACUUGACGGUACAAUUACACUAGAGUAUCUUUGUCGAUAGCUGCACACACUUGGAGAAGAAAAUAACAACAAGCACAAUGCGGCGCAUACUAGCGGCAGCGCUGGCCGCGGGGCUCAUCGCCCUGGCCUCCACCGCGGUAGACCUGAACAACCUGGAGGACAUGGACGUGGAGGCGCUGUUCCGGGACAAGGCGAGGUCUGCUGCUGCUUUCCAGUGCCUCAUGGACCAGGGGCCCUGUGGGGAGCUGCAGCCACUUAGAGACAGUCUCCCCAGCAUGGUGGAGACGCAGUGCGCCAACUGUUCCCCGAAGCAGCGGGAGAAGUACGUGCAGGUGAACCUGCUGCUGCUCGCGCAGUACCCCGCCGAGUACGAGAAGCUCGCGCUCAAGUACUCGCCCAAACUUGACUGAUUUCGUCAUUGCAGAUAAUUAUGCUAUUCAGUA